AUGGGUCACCCCCCGCUGGAGUUCAGCGACUGCUACCUGGACAGCCCGGACUUCCGCGAGCGGCUCAAGUGCUACGAGCAGGAGCUGGAGCGCACCAACCGCUUCAUCAAGGACGUCAUCAAAGACGGGGCCUGCCUCAUCGCCGCCAUGAGAGGUUACUCCUCGGCGGUGCAGAAAUUCUCCCAGACCCUGCAGUCCUUCCAGUUCGACUUCAUUGGGGACACGCUGACGGACGACGAGAUUAACAUCGCCGAAUCCUUUAAGGAGUUUGCCGAGCUCCUCCGGGAAGUGGAAAACGAGAGGAUGAUGAUGGUGCAGAACGCCAGCGACCUCCUCAUCAAACCCCUGGAGACCUUCCGCAGGGAAGAGAUCGGAUUCACCAAGGAACGCAAGAAGAAAUUUGAGAAGGACGGCGAGAGGUUUUACUCGCUGCUGGACCGGCACCUGCACCUCUCGUCCAAGAAGAAGGAAUCCCAGUUGCAAGAGGCUGACCUGCAAGUGGACAAGGAGAGGCGCAGCUUUUUCGAGUCCUCCCUGGACUACGUACACCAGAUCCAGGAGGUCCAGGAGUCCAAGAAGUUCAACGUGGUGGAGCCGGUCCUGGCCUUCCUGCACAGCCUCUUCAUCUCCAACAACCUGACCGUCGAGCUCACUCAGGAUUUCCUCCCCUACAAGCAGCAGCUGCAGAUCAGCCUGCAGAACACGAGAAAUCACUUCCUGAGCACCCGCGAGGAGAUGGAAGACCUGAAGGAAAGGAUGAAGGAAACCCCUCAGACCUGCAAGCUGCCCGGCCAGCCCACCAUCGAAGGCUACCUGUACUCUCAGGAGAAAUGGGCGCUGGGCAUCUCUUGGGUGAAGCACUACUGCCGAUACAAGAAGGAGACCAGGACGCUGACCAUGACGCCCAUGGAGCAGAAGCCUGGGGCGAAACAGGGCUCCUCGGACCUCACGCUGACCCACUGUGUGAGGAGGAAGACGGAGUCCAUCGACAAGCGCUUCUGCUUCGACAUAGAGACCAGCGAGAGGCCGGGCACGCUGACGCUGCAGGCGCUGUCGGAGGCCAAUCGGCGCCUGUGGAUGGAGGCCAUGGACGGCAAGGAGCCGAUUUACCACAGCCCCAUAACGAAGAGGGAAGAGAUGGAGCUGAACGACGUGGGCUUCAAGUUUGUCCGCAAGUGCAUCAACGCUGUGGAAGCCAAAGGGCUCUGGACGGAGGGCGUUUACAGGACCGUGGGAAGCAACCUCCAGGUGCAGAAGCUGCUCAACGCUUUCUUCGACCCGCGUUGCCCAGGAGAGGUGGAUCUCCAGGACAGCGACUGGGACAUCAAAACAAUCACAAGCUCCCUGAAAUUCUACCUCAGGAACCUUUCAGAACCCGUCAUGACCUAUAAGCUCCACAAGGAACUCGUCUCUGCUGCCAAGUCGGAAAACCUGGAUGAGCGUCUGGGGGCCAUCCACUCCCUGGUUUACAAACUCCCCUCCAAGAACCGUGAAAUGCUGGAACUUCUCAUCCGCCACCUGGUCAGCGUGUGCGAGCUGAGCCGGGAGAACCUCAUGACCCCGGCCAACAUGGCGGUGGUGUUCGGGCCCACGCUCAUGCGGGCCCAGGAAGACACCGUGGCCGCCAUGAUGAACAUCAAAUUCCAAAACAUCGUGGUGGAAAUCCUCAUCGAGCACUUUGGCAAGAUCUGCUCCGGUCCCCCCGAGGACAACGUGACCCCGCCGGCUCCUCCCCCCCGGGUCACGGCCCGGAGGCACAAGCCCAUCACCAUCUCCAAGCGGCCCCUGCGGGAAAGGGCCGAAUUCUACUGCCCACCCCCUGCCUCCGCUGCCCAGAACCACGGAGACCACCAUCAUCGGACGGUCAACGGCAGCCUCUCCGGCAGCCUGGAGCCCCCCAGGCCCCUGCAGCGGCCCCCCGGCCCGAGGCCCCGGGAGGGUGACCCGAGGGGACGCUCCCCGAGCCGACCCGCCUACGAAGCCCACCCGGAGCAGAGCCCGGGGUCGAGGUUGCCCGAAGGAGCGACCAGGCCGCCCCCCACCAGAGCGCCAAACGGCCUGGGGACGGAGCCCCCCAGGGUCCCCUCCCUCCACGUAAAGAGGCCCGCCCCCAGGCCCCUGGCCCACGGCAAAGAGGGCGACGCUGACGCUGCCGGUCGACUGCGCUCCCCGGGGGACAGACCGGCCCUCACCCGCCCACCCAUGAGGCCCCCUGACCCUCCUGCCCGGACCCUCGUCCCCCAGAGGCCGGAGCCGAGGCCGGAGCCGCCGGCCGCCGAGGGCAUCCCGCCGUCCGUCGUGGCCUCCAGGACCAAGUUCUUCGAGACAGCGUCACGGAAGCCCGGGAGCCCCUCGUCCGCCCUAGGCAGACUUCCCGGAGACGAGAGUUGAGACGAGAGGCGUGACCCCCGGAUCCUGGCUGGCCCAGGAGCUUCCUUCCUGCUUCCCGAAGGGCCUCCCGGCCCACCCGCUCCCCGGGACCCCUGCCGACUGUGGGAUGUGGCGGCGACGGCCGGGGCCCGGGACCCCCCCCCCAAGACCUCCCAGUCCUCCCUCCCUCCCUCCUUCCCCCGGCCCCAGCAGCCGUCCCGCGAGCCUGCAGAAGGGUGACGUGGUUUCUGUGAGGACCGGCGGGCUCUCGGCCCCCGGGACGGACUGAGGGGAGACCCCCAGGGCCGGGCUUCGGUGGUCCGCCCGGUCCCCCACCUCUCCGAGCGCCCCCGGCCCCGGGAGACCGGCCGGGCCCCCGCGGAGGCGGACCCGGACGGAUUGGGAACUUGGCACCGACCCGGCCCUCCUCGGGGAAGCCCAGAUGAACGCGGAGGGGCGUGGGGGAGCUCAGAGGUGCCGAAGGAGCUGGGGGAGCCCACGCUGCCUGUGAAGGGACCUGGGGGGGGCUCCGAUGUGCUUGGACUAAAGCCACGUCGCCUCCAGCCCCUCCGCCGGGAAGCCUUCCCCCGGCCGCGGGCUUCGACGAGACGCCUUCUGCCCUGGACCCGCGGCCCUCGGGGGAACACGGGCGCUGCGGGGGCCCGUUCGGGAACGGAGGGACCCGAAGGCUGACCCGCAGGCGGGGACGAGCCCCCUCCCUCCCGGGCUCCCUCGUCCACGUGGCUUUGACCUCUCCCAUGCCCCAGCCGGGACUCCCUCACGUGACCGGCUACAGCUGUCUCGGCCUCGCUUCCUGAGGGAGCGGGGGAGAGGGAGAAAACGGGAAAGAUUUAGAAGGUGCUGGCGGGCCCGGACAGCUGCCGCCGAGGCUGGGAACCCCUUAGCCGUGCGGCGGGGACAGAGGGAGGGCGGGAGACACCGUCGUCUGGCCGGGGGGGAACACGCGCGGCGAGGGCGCUCGGUCGGGAGCGCGCGCAGCGGACGCGGGAACACGUUCGGUGAGGGCACGUGUUGGAGCACACGCCAGCGGAAGCACCUCCGAAUCCCGGCCCACGAGGACGGCUGCUGGUUCAGACGGGGACCGUCGAACCGGGAGCAGCCGUCCCGACGGAUGUGAGGAAUUCCCGGCGCUCUUCC